AGAGGGAAGUAAGUCAACAAAAAGACUAGAUUUAGAAAUAUAAUUUCCCUGUUCAUGGCCAUCGGAUGUUGAAAGUGUGCACUCCAUUUAUGUAUCCCGUCUCUUUGAUGAGGCUCUUGGGUUCACAUUUAAACACAAUUUAUUUAGUGGCAGAGUCAUUGUUAAAUGUCAGAGAAUGUUUUUAAAAGGCGAAAUGCCAAAGAGAAUUAAUUUGUUGUAAGCACAUAUCCAUUGUUCCAUUUCCCUUUGAUGGAUGAAUGAGAAAAUGUGCUACCCAUUUCAUUAGGAUAAGAGACCGAGAAAGAGAAAGACUGAGUAAGGGAGAGAAAGAGAGAGACUAAGAAAGUGAGAGAAUGAAGAAGAAAAAGAGAGAGAGACUAAGAAAGAGAAAAAGAGGGACUGAGAAAGAGAAAGAAAGAGAGAGGGUAAGAGAGAAACUGAGAAAGAGAGAGAAAAAGAGAGACUGAGAAAGAAAAAGUGACUGAGAAAGAGAAAGAGAGAGAAAGAGAGAGAGAGAGUAGUUGGGAAUGAUGCAAUGAUUUCAACGUCUUUUCUAGUGUCAGAGGUUUCUUUACUUUGCAAGUGUCACACAUCAGUUUAAAAAAGAAAUCAAUAGGACAUAAGUUUGUAUCAGACGCGGAUUAUGACAAGACCAUCUGGUGAUUGGACAAAAAAAAAAACACUUUGAAUCCAAGUCUUCAUUCAGUUCGUCUUGUUUGUUUGAAACGUGUUGGAAUUAUUUCUUACAGCGUCACUCAACCCCCAAACCAUGUGACACAUAAAACACUGAUGUACAAAGUGUACAUGUUGAGUUAGAAUUAACUUCUGACUUACAAGACGAGUUUUACUUUUUAAGAAUGUUAAGACGGGUGCGUCUAUACAAACAGACAUUAGCCAUCUUGCUGCUGACAGUACUGCUUCUAAUUGCUUUCUAUUUAUCUGAAGAAAAAAACGCGUUUGGUUCAAAGUAUGACGGAAGCGAAGUCCGAAGUGUGGUGAAGACCAAAGUUGUGGCUCGAUACAAGCAAGGUCAAGAUCAAACUUCAGAUCAUAAGAAAUUCAAAGACUAUUUUCCUAGAAAUGUUCGGAAAUUUAACAGAACGAAUAAUAAGUUUCAAUUUUUGCCUGACGUGAUCGACGAUGAAGAAACUAUCCUAGUACGAGACAAACUCAUCAUCAUGACCUACAUGAGAAGUGGGUCAACACUGACCGGUGAUAUCAUUCAACAAAGCCAGGACGUGUUCUACAUGUACGAGCCCCUGUGGAACAUUGAGAGGGUGCUCACCAACAAGAGCGGGAACGGAACAUUGACUUUUCUGAAUGGAACAAGUCUGCCAUUUGUUUAUAAUGCGGAAUUCUACAUGGCCAGAAAGAUACAAAUUCUAGAGUCGGUGUUAAACUGUAGCUUGAUGGAACUAGAUGUGGGCACGCUUACACAAUAUCACAUGUUCAACAGCCUGUCAACUCGAGCCUUUGGUCUUUGUGCUAAUCAUCAAAAAGACAUGGAGAUUUUAGGACGGUGCGUACGAGUGUUACAGAAUGACUGCAGAAAGUCCAAGGUCGUUGUGAUCAAGGUCAUCAGAAGCUCCAUGCUAGAGAUGUACCGACUGAUGACGAGAGAGCCAAGAUUGAAAGUCUUACAUCUGCUCCGAGACCCUAGAGGCACAAUGAAAUCCCAAUACCUGGUCGGAGCAUUCAACUGGACACACCUUCCCAAAACGUCGCUUGGCCACUGCCAGAGAGUUUCGCGGGACCUGGAGAUGUCCCAGUUUGUUUCGGAGGAGUUUCCAGGUCGCAUUUUCAUCCUACGCUACGAAGAUCUUGUCGAAAGGCCUAUUCGGGUAACGAAGCAGCUCUAUUCCUUCGUAAAUUUAACCCUAACCCUGGAGAUCCAGAACUACAUAUGGAACAUAACGUAUGGUGGAAACCCCGAUGGCUGUAACAUUUGCACGGUGCGCGAAAAUGCAACGGAAACGGCUUACAGUUGGAGGAAAAAAAUGUCUUUUGCUAGUAUAUGGAUGAUCCAGUCGCAGUGCUGGAGUGUAAUGAAUAUCUUAAAAUAUCGCACGUUUGAUAGUAACGCUGAGAGGAUGGAUGGAACGUUGUCAGCAAAGUAUUAACUCUUUCUCUCCGUAAUUAUUUACCAAAUUCUGGUGGAAUCAACGCUGGUAUCGUCAGUUAGGAGAGAAAGAGUUAAGAGCCUGAUACAGCAAGUGAGAGACCAUAUUGUUAUACCAUUAUGUUUACCAUCUUAAAGUAUAUUUUACGCCCCAUUGUUGACUUUCACAAAGAGUUCAGUAUUUGAAGAGCAAGGUAAAAUAGGAUCACAUAUUUCAAGACAGUCUUCAAAAAAAUAAGCACAAAACUCAUGGCGUUUAAUGUUAUUUGUGAUGCCAAACGACUCGUCGAUCUGACUUGAUCUUGAUGAAGAGUUCAGUGAGACGAAAGUUAAAUUACUGACUGGAUAUUUCAGAAGUGCCUUGAAAAUGUAUCGAGCAAUCAACACUGUCACCAGGCGUCCUGUAGGAGGAUGUUUUGUACAAUGUAAA